AUGUUCGCCCUCAUUGGACUAUACACAUACUGCAUUUCCCUGCUCCUCGUUAGGUAUACACGAAUCGCCUCCAGUUUCUCCUCUGCCUCCGUUGCUGCUACGUGUCAUCCUGACGUGGCAGGCGUCCCCGCGGCCACGUCAGCAGAAUCAGGAAAAGCAUCCGCGGCCGACGAGUUAUUAGCAGAAGUACAGAAGCCGCGUGAGCCAAAUCAGCUGCUGCUCGACCCCUCCGCCAGCAAUCAAUUUAAUGGAAAUCAAUCGUUCGCCUUACGUCAACCGUCCGCUGGGAGUCAACCGCUGUCAGCCGUCGAUCAACCAUCUCCAACCAAUCAACCGUCCGCCGGCGAUCAACCGUCUGCCGGCGAUCAGUUAUUUGCCGCAGCAGCAACCGAUUCUUCUCGCCUUCCAGUCGCGGACCCUUCGCCUGUAAACAGCACAACGGCAUUCCCUUCAAAUCUCACUACCCCAAACGCUACUACCUCAGGCUCAGCAGCUGUCGAAGCGCCAACACAGUCAUCGUCAUCGUUCGGAAGGAGGUUUGAUUCUGGCGUCACCUUAUCCGCACACGCGUCAACCCGGGAUUCGUUUCUGGCAUUGCCAUCAUCCCGUGAUCCCAGUGUCGGAUCUCCUCCCACCAAUCCCGCUACCGAACCUCCUACCGAACCUCCUACCGAACCUCAAACCGAACCUCUUACCAGCCCUCCUACCGAAGCUCCUCCAUCCGAACCUGCACCAAGCCUCUGGACCCGCAUCCCAGGCUCCGUGCUCGAUUCCCCCGAGAAGAUCCAAUCCUUCCGAGAAAGAUUCGAUUGCAUAGGCCGCGAGGGCAAGUGGUCCCACUUCGUGUCGCCACGACUGCUGCCAUGGCCGGACGAGAUGAGCAAAUGCGAUGCGUAUUACCUAGGAAAGGACUCGCGCAACGUGGCGAUGCAAGACGCGGAUCGCAUGGUGGGUCAGUUUCAGGAGGUUGCGAGUAAAAUAGACGAGAUAAUUGGUGGAGGAGACGUGAUUCCUGUGAAGCAGGUUAACCAGCUAAAGAAGCUGAAGAGACGGAAGGAUGUACUUACGCGUCAGUGGGCCGUAAGAGAUACUCUUAAGUACUUCUGGAAGGUUCCAGGAAGCGACGCAGAGGGGCAGGAUGGGGGAGCGUCAGGAGCUAGCAACGGCAGCAGCAGAUGCGGUGCACCUUGGGAUCCGUUCUCCCCUGAAAAGUUUUGCGAGAUUAUGGACAAAAGAACCAUGCUUAUAGUGGGUGACUCAUUGAACCUGCUUUUAGCGGACGCCAUCCGUUUCAACGUGAGACUAGGCGCGAAAGACCAGGACUCGGCCAAGGACCAGGUUACAGCCAAGGACCAGGAUGAUACUGCCAAGCCCCGAAUGCGGUGGGGCGAGCCGACAGGCUACUGCCAGCGCUUCCGAAACGUGACCAAGACGAAGGACCAUCGCUGCUGGACCCUUCAUCUCUGCGAAGACCUCGGCUUCUCCGUGCGAAUUUUCUUCGUCCGCGACUAUUAUCUCAACUCCACGGAAGAUGUGAACGACUUCUUAUUGGAUAAGAGCUUUGAUGAGUCGUGGAUGGACGAGAUCGCACGGCAGAGCGUAUCGAUGGUGGUGAUGAACCGAGGCGCGCACUACAUUGAAGAUAUGAGCUUUGAGCGGCAGUUGCGCUCCACUCUGCUGGCCCUCCGGCAGAACCACCCUGAACUCCUCAUUAUCGCACGAAACACCCCCGCCGGCCACCCCGGAUGCUGGCUGCACCGGAAGCCGCUUUCCAAGAAGCUUCUGGACCUGCCGCACGAUGACUGGCACUGGGACGGGUUUGCGGCGCAAAAUGGGAUAGUGAGAAGGCUGGUGGAGGGCGUGGGGGGCGUGUACAUGGAUGUGAAUGCAUCGACUGUGUGGCGGCCCGAUGGGCAUGUGGGGCGCGCGUCUUAUCUCCAUUAUUCCGUUGCUUUCACUCCUCUUAACGCCAUGAUGCCGCUGGCCCUCCCACCGCCGUCCGCGGUGACGCCGGUUAGCAAUUUACGACUCGUUUCAGUUCGUUCCACGGGACGUCUCCCACUAUCCACGCCCGUCGUCCCGUCUUGCACUCCUUGCUGCACCCCAAAGUGCCGCCUUCCGCUUCCGCGGGUUGCCUUGGCGCGCGCAGCUUACCAGCUCCGCGCGCCGCGCGCGCCGAGCGACCAACUUCGCUGCCGCGAGCCUGGUAGUCGCAGGGCGGGAUGCGCGCAUGCUUCCGCCGCGCGCGGCGGAGGUGAAAGCGCGGAAGCUGCUUAUAGCGCGGCCAGCAGCCCGUCGCAGGGGAAUGUGACUGUAGUGAAGGAGAGGGAGGGGGAGCAGAGCGGCGGAAAGGGCACAGGAGGUGAAGCGGAGACGGGGAGCACAGGGGCAGUGGCGGAAAACAGAGGGGGAGAGAGUGAGGGAGGGAGUGAGAGACACAUGCCGCUCUCGCCCAUCCCCAUUCGGGCGGACUGGCAGGUGUUGGAGGGCAGUGACGGCGAGGGGGGAAAGGCGUUGUGUCGCAGUGUGGCAGUGAGCGCGCCCAAGAUCCGCCUCAUGCGCUCCGCUGACAUCAGCGCUGGCAGAACCCUGCAGGUGCUGAACCUCAUCGCCUUCCCCCGUCCAGAGUACGACCUGCCAUACUUCUGUGCCGACCUCGUCACCUUCCCCCGGGGCCACCUCAUCGUUCUGGAUCUGAACCCGUUGCAUCAAACUGAGGAGCAUUUCAGCAAGUACAUUGCGCCCAUGAUGCCCCUCGCCAACAAGUAUAUAGAGCACCUGCCAUGGGGCGGUGAGUUCACGUCAGAGUCUCUUCAGUUCUUCUCCCCGGCACUCAUCUGGGCCAAGCUUCCCCUGGAUGCUGACGUCACUGCCCACGUGCUGCCCGCGUUCAAGGAGUACCUGCAGGCAUGGCUGCGCAUGGUGGACGCAUGUGAGCCCACCAGCGACCCAGCGGUGAUGGCACACAACAUGGAGUCGCAGCACCGCUACAUCUGCUGGCGCUCCGUCAAGGACCCCGGGCGGCCUCUUUUAACGCGCCUGUUUGGUUCUGAGAGAUGUGAGGAGUUCAUCGAGGGAUUCCUGUUUGCAGGGUCGCACGAGCUGGGCACCAAGGGCUUUCUGGACUAUUUCCCCGACUACCGGCAGGAGGAUGGCAGCAUCGCCAAGAAGCGAUCCAUGAAGGGCAAGGCGUACAGCAGUAGACCGUGGGAUGCAAAUGGCAAGCUUAUUUUGUGA